UAUCUAAUCACGGCUCUAAUAGGACCAAACAAGAUCCAGGACGAGAUCCAGAGGAACAUUUCCCACUAAAAAACACACAGCAGCACUCACAAACCGCCUCUCUCUCCUCCUAUACACGCCCCACAUACAUCAGUAUGUCUUUAGUACAGGCAGAGAGAGGAGAGACGGAAUAUUAGUAUUCAGAGCACAGGGAGGAAAAGGAGGAGAGGCAGCGAGCGAGCAAACGAGGGAGAGUGAGAGGGAGGGGACAGGAGGAAAAAAAACACAAGGAGGGGAUGGAAAUAUAAGAGAAGAAGAGGGGAAACCGAGAGGUAAAAGAGGGGAGGGGAGACAGGGAUCAUAUUGUUCAUUUCUUCCCUCUCAGUCUGCCUUCACCGGUUCCCGCACGGACAGAUGGAUAGGUGCGGAAUGCCCCUUUACGAGCGACGCAUCUGAGUGAAAACGGCGGAGGAGAGAGAGCGGAGGACGAGCAGCAGGAGGAGCCCAGCGGUUCCUGCGACGCAGAAAGGUGAUUUGGAGGCUUUUCAGCCAGACGUUGAGAAGUCGGCCUCCUGUCCAGGUGGAUUGGUGGAAGAGACGGACUUCACUGAUGCAUGCCGCCCGGUCCUGCUGGAGCUAAAACACGCCUGCUCUGUUCACACCUCUCGGUGAAGAACGACGGUUAUGAAUUCACACGACAGAUAAAUUUGUUUUCCUCUGUCGAAGAAACUUUUGCACAAACCUCCCUUCCAAAUUCAGCAUGACCAACACCAAGAGUUGAGUCCAGAAGAAGGGCAUCGCAGCCUGGACCAGGACCCCCUCCCGCCCCGCCGAGCCGCUGCUGUUCUUCCUGCGUCGUCUUUUCCAGUUGACUCCUCGUGAAAGAAGGUGGACGGGCCGACGCUGUGCUUCUGCAGGAGGCCGUCCGAUCGGAGAGGGCGGCGAGGGCGGCGCUGUCAUCGGCUGACUGCUGCGGUGGGAGUGCGAUGCGGAUUGGAGCAUGUCGGGGGACUGGGACGAAGACCUGUGUAAGAAGGCGCUGACGCUUUUGGAGGAGCUGUGCUUCAACUCCCAGAGGGUUUACAGCCAGAGCAAACAGUGCCAGGAGUUCAGCUACCUGGUGAGGGGCCACAACAGGCAGCUGGACACAGAAAUCUCCGUCAGCCUGCUGUCGGUCAUCGUGACGUUCUGCGGCAUCGUCCUCCUCUCCGUGUCCCUCUUCGUCUCCUGGAAGCUCUGCUGGCUGCCAUGGCGGGACAAGGAGGGCGGCGGGCUGAGCCUGACGUCGGGGCUGCUGCCCGGGACCGCCGGGCUGGGAGGCGCCGCGGGGCCGUCGCUUUUACCCCCGCUGCUGCAGAGGAAGGAGGGCCACUCCUCUUCCUCGCUCUACCCCUCGCUGGGGCAGCAGGGGCACCCCCACUUCUCUGACCUGGUGGGGCUGGAGAGGGGGGAGGGCGGCGGGGUGGUGGGGGGGCCGAACGAGACCCAGGAGCAUUCGUACCUGGACAUGGACUCCUACCCCAACAAUGCUGGGACUCUGAAGCUGAGUCAAACGUCGCCGGAUGUCCCCAACUCGGAGGGCGGGGCCCAUCCCAACAAGGAGCUGCCCAACGCCCUGUCCCAGCAGCAGGUCACCCCGCGACCGAAGCCCAUGACUCACCAGCUCUCCAGCCCAGAUUUCCACGGCGAGGAGAAGGAGCAGGUCACCUGCAUCGGGCAGAUCAAGCCGGAGCUUUACAGGCCCAAAGGCGAUCAGGGCGAAGGCAAGCAGGGCGACACCUGCGGCAGGAUCUGCUUCCUGCUGCGCUACGCCUUCAACACGGAGCAGUUGGUGGUGAAGAUACUGAAAGCUCUGGACCUGCCAGCGAAGGACGCCAACGGCUUCUCCGACCCGUACGUGAAGAUCUACCUACUGCCAGACAGAAAGAAGAAAUUCCAGACAAAGGUCCACAGAAAGACCUUAAACCCAGUGUUCAACGAGACGUUCCAGUUCGGCGUGCCGCUGAACGAGCUACAUUCCAGGAAGCUGCAUUUCUCCGUGUACGACUUCGAUCGCUUCUCCAGACACGACCUGAUAGGUCAGGUGGUGGUGGACAACCUGCUGGACUUCAGCGAGGGCAGCGGGGACAAACCCAUCUGGAGGGACAUUGUGGAGGGAACGGCGGAGAAGGCUGAUCUCGGGGAGCUUAAUUUCUCGCUGUGUUACCUGCCCACCGCAGGCAGACUCACCGCUACAAUCAUCAAGGCCACCAACCUCAAAGCCAUGGACCUGACGGGUUUCUCAGACCCGUACGUGAAGGCGUCCCUGAUAUGCGACGGGCGGCGGCUAAAAAAGAGGAAGACCUCCAUUAAGAAGAACACGCUGAAUCCCACGUACAACGAGGCGCUGGUGUUUGACAUUCCCAAUGAAAACAUCGAGAGCGUCUCCAUCUUCAUAGCAGUGAUGGAUUAUGAUUGCAUCGGUCAUAACGAGGUUAUAGGCAUGUGUCGAGUGGGCAGCGACGCCGACGGUCCCGGGAGGGAACACUGGACGGCCAUGUUGGCAAACCCUCGGAAACCAAUAGAGCACUGGCAUCAGCUCGUUGAGGAAAAAGCAAUUGGUACAUUCGUAUCAAAGAGUGCCACAGCCCCCUCCCCUAAGCCGCAUAUUGUGGUGGACAGCCCCCACUCCGAUUAAAACGGUCAUUAUCAUCUCUACGGCUCCAGAUUCUCCUUUUUUUUAUUUUCUCUCUCUUGUUUCUUCUCCUCUCAUCUGUGAAUAAUUCUCUCCAUCAAAGACAAGAGAGACGCGGAGACGCUGCCAGUGUGUCCAGCUGCUAGUGCCGUUUUGCUCCUGCUAAUGAAUACUCCAACUUCUGCGCUGCGUUUGCUGAGCUGGAGGGGAGGGGGCGGAGCUUCACCCGUCCUGAGCUGCAGUGUGAACAUCAGACUACGAACACAUGCAGACAGGAACAAAGUCAGGUGUAAAUCUGGGACCUAGCAAGAAGUGCACACACGUUCCUCUCUCUCUAUCUCUUACACACACACACACACACACACACACACACAUGCGGAUACACAGAGUUUGUAGUAUGUGUGUAGUUCAUGUGCUCUUUGGAUAUGUGUAGCAGUGACGUGCGGUUAGGGGAGGCAGGUGAGGCAGCGCUUCACCUGUAUGAGUAAAAAUAAGAAGUAAAAUCUAACUAUCCACUUUUUAUAUAACUUGUUUUUUUAACGGUCAUUUCAACAUUUUUAUGGUCAAAUUCGCUGAAUUUACGCUGCAUUGCCUGUCGAAAUGCAUUACAGAAGACAGGCGCGAGGCAGUGUAGUACCGUGCCUCACCUCUGGGGGCGCUGUAUCGCCAAUCUACUUGUUUAAAUGCACAUUUUCUACACAUGUUGACUUUCCACAGUAUGUUUAAUUUAUUUAAUGAAUGUUUGGGACACAUUUAGUCUUUCUGAUUGGCCAUAAAUGUGCGGUGGAAAUGGGGCGAGUGGGGCAGAAAGUACCGUUCCUUACUGGUAGGGGGCAGUGCUGAGUCCAAUAGACGCAUCGAGCAGCAGAUGCUCUUCUUCUACGCUUUGAAAAGAAUGAAAUCGGAGAUGGAACAAAAGGCCACUCUCUUUGGCCUUUUAAAUCAGAAAUUUAAUUAAUUGAUUUAAUUGUUUAACAACACGACAAAAUAAAUAUUUGUGGAGAAGGAUAAGUUCAUAUAAAAUAAAGGUAAGAUCACAAACAAUUUUAAAUUUUAAUCAGAAAAGAGAGAGGUCAGCCAACGAAAACAUAUAAAUAAUCAAAAAAAUAACCUUUUUAAAUAUUGAUUUAUCUUUCUUGCUAUUAUAUUGUUAGAAAUAGUUAUGAUAAAAUUUGAAAUAUAGCGUCCAUGAUCUCACCCCCACCUCCCUGCUGGAGGGUAAAAAGCUGCUCGCUAACAAUGACUAGCAUUGAUUUUAGCUGUGAAGUUGUCAAUAUAACACACUAAAUCUUAAAUGUGCGUCGGAUAUAUCAAAGAAAAAAAGGAUGCAGUGCUUUACUACUAAUUUUCGACACUUAUGACAACUAGAUAACAAGGUCAGGAAAAAGUUUUAACUAAGAAAAAAACACUGAGGAAGAGGGAAGUAGUACCGUUAUGCUAGCUUGACUAUGAUAAAUGUAACAUGUAGAUGUGAUGUGGAAUUCUGUGUUUCGGUUCAGUUAAAAAAAUAAAAAAGGCGAUCUGAAUACCAACUCUGGCAGAUUAUCAGUAGAGCAGGUGUUUAAAUUAGCUAAUCUACCAUCACAGUGUUAGCUUAGCCAACAGCAGCGGGUAGCUAACCUGCCACGGCGAUGACUUAAAACAAACAUAAAGCCUAACAACAAAAUACUGUGACGAACCGAAUGUUCUGUUCUUUGUGUGGGACGUGUUUGACUGUUUUUUGAUGCUGAAACCUGAAACAAAGUGGCGGGGUUGUCAGUUGCUAUGGCAACGAGCCUGCGUUUAGCAUAGCCGACACAUAGUGCGAGAAAAAAGUAGGUUUGAGUUGUUCUUUAACGGUUUUUUUCUCCGUUAUUUUUCCCCUUGCUGUGACGCACUGCACUAAACUAAUAAUGCCUACAUCUCCAGGUUUAAUUGUUCAGAAGGAAUCGUCUUUUUGCCCUCCAGUGUUUUCCAUAUCACGCAAGGGGUCCAUAUUGGAUUUUGGACUCUGGUGAAGUCCGUGCCUCGCCGGUCGUGAGCCUCGCCGCACGUCACUGGUGUGUUGUAGUUCAUUCUAGACACAAAAAAAAAUAGAAAGCCAUCAUAGAGUGGUCAUUUCAACCAGGACCAAAGCUUCAUGCACUUGUACAGACAACGGAGAGAAAGUUAAGUUUCAGGAGGAGGAACAAAGAUUUAGAAAUCUCAAACCAUCCGUUGUGCAUCCAUUUGGCGGUUUGAGGGAAGACGUCGGGCUCCUAUUGAUGUCAGAUGAGCGGGAAAAAUGAGGACGGACUCGUCGGCCUCAGCAUGUUACGCAACCUUGAAACGUGUUCCUCUUCGUCUUUUUUUUUUUUUUUUAAAUCAUCCAAACGUCUCGCCAGGGGGGGAACUUUCUCGCCAGACUUUUACGGGUUUCCAGGAUCGGGGUUGGACUGUUUGGAUCGCCACUCGGUUGUUUUUCUACCAUUCCAGGACUUAAUGUUUCUGCUUUCUCAAUCGAAGAAAAGAAAA